CGGGCCGGUGCGGGGGACCGGGCGGCGGGCGCCAGCGGCCGGAGGACGCCCGGCUGCGGGAGGCGGCUCCCCAGCGCCCAGGCAAGCAAACCAAGAGCUGCUUCUCCUCUGCUGCUGCUCUCGUUUGGGAUUUGAUUUGCAUCAUCUCCGUGCCCAUUAAAAGAAAUAAAUAAAAAAAAUAAAGAGAAGAGAAGAGAGGAAAAAAAAAUAAAAAAAGGGCAAACCAAACCCACACAAAACAUGUGCGGAAGGACUUCCACUCCCUGGCUGUGCUAUUGAGGAUCAGGAAGAGCCUUUGGGGCUGCAGGAUCUCGCCAGGCUGAUGCUGCUGCUCAAGGAUUUGGUGCAGGGAGACAAAACUGCUGCCUCUUCCAUCCGCUGAUCUCAACAUCUGCAUUUUCCUGCUGCUGUGCUCCCUCUCACACCCUCUCUCCAUGGACUGAUUUUUUGAUUUUUUUCCCUUUUUGCGGGGUGGGGGGGGGAAGGGAAGGACGAGCAGAAAGCCAAGGCAUCGUGCUGAGAGGAGAGAAAAAUUCCCUUUUAUAUCUCGUGUUCUGGUGGAUCUCCUUCGAGGUUAUUCAGCUUUUUGGACAAGAAAACAUGACGUCGCCAGCAAAAUUCAAAAAGGAUAAGGAGAUCAUAGCUGAAUAUGACACUCAAGUUAAAGAGAUCCGUGCCCAGUUGGUAGAGCAGCUGAAAUGCCUUGACCAGCAGUGUGAGCUUCGGGUCCAGUUACUGCAGGACUUGCAGGAUUUCUUCCGCAAGAAGGCAGAGAUUGAGAUGGAUUACUCCAGGAAUUUGGAGAAGCUGGCUGAGAGAUUCCUGGCUAAAACUAGGAGCACCAAAGACCAGCAAUUCAAGAAGGAUCAGAACGUGCUGUCACCAGUGAACUGCUGGAACCUGCUGCUCAACCAGGUGAAGAGGGAGAGCAGGGACCACACCACCCUCAGUGACAUUUAUCUCAACAACAUCAUCCCACGCUUCGUGCAGGUCAGCGAGGACUCAGGACGCCUCUUCAAGAAGAGCAAGGAAGUGGGACUGCAGCUCCAGGAGGACCUGAUGAAGGUUUUGAAUGAACUCUACACGGUGAUGAAAACCUACCACAUGUACAACGCUGACAGCAUCAGUGCCCAGAGCAAGCUGAAGGAGGCCGAGAAGCAGGAGGAGAAGCAGAUUGGGAAGUCAGUGAAGCAGGAGGACAAACAGACACCACGCUCCCCUGACUCCACCUCCAACGUCAAGUUUGAGGAGAAACACGUCCGGAGGAGCUCCGUCAAAAAAAUCGAGAAGAUGAAGGAGAAGCGCCAAGCAAAGUACACAGAGAACAGACUGAAGGCAAUCAAGGCCAGGAAUGAAUAUCUGCUGGCCCUGGAAGCCACCAAUGCCUCAGUGUUCAAGUACUACAUCCAUGACCUGUCUGAUCUCAUUGAUCAGUGCUGUGACCUGGGCUACCAUGCCAGCCUCAACAGGGCCCUGAGGACGUUCCUGUCGGCGGAGCUGAACCUGGAGCAGUCCAAGCACGAAGGGCUGGAUGCCAUUGAGAAUGCUGUGGAGAACCUGGAUGCCAACAGUGACAAGCAGAGGCUGAUGGAGAUGUACAACAACGUUUUCUGCCCCCCCAUGAAGUUUGAGUUCCAGCCACACAUGGGGGACAUGGAGUCUCAGCUCUGUGCCCAGCAGCCCGUGCAGAGUGAGCUGGUGCAGAGGUGUCAGCAGCUGCAGUCCCGCCUGUCCACGCUGAAGAUUGAAAAUGAAGAGGUGAAGAAGACGAUGGAGGCCACGCUGCAGACGAUCCAGGACAUUGUCACCAUCGAGGACUUUGAUGUCUCUGACUGCUUCCAGUACAGCAACUCCAUGGAGUCGGUGAAGUCCACGGUGUCAGAGACCUUCAUGAGCAAACCCAGCAUUGCCAAGAGAAGGGCAAACCAGCAGGAGACUGAGCAGUUCUACUUCACUAAAAUGAAGGAGUACCUGGAGGGCAGGAACCUGAUCACCAAGCUCCAGGCCAAGCACGACCUCCUGCAGAAGACCCUGGGAGAAAGUCAGCGGACAGACUGUGCCCUGGCCAGUGGCAGGCGCAGCUCCACCGUGAGGAAGCAGGAUUCCUCCCAAGCCAUUCCCCUGGUGGUGGAGAGCUGCAUCCGAUUCAUCAGCAGGCAUGGUUUGCAGCAUGAGGGGAUUUUCCGAGUGUCUGGGUCCCAGGUUGAAGUGAAUGACAUCAAAAAUGCAUUUGAGAGAGGGGAAGAUCCCUUGGCUGGGGACCAGAAUGACCACGACAUGGAUUCCAUAGCAGGAGUCCUCAAGCUCUAUUUCAGAGGCCUGGAGCACCCCCUGUUCCCCAAGGACAUCUUCCAUGACCUCAUUGCCUGUGUCACCAUGGAUAAUUUGCAGGAGCGAGCGCUGCACGUCCGGAAGGUGCUGCUGAACCUGCCCAAGACCACCCUGAUUGUCAUGAGAUACCUCUUUGCAUUCCUCAAUCAUUUAUCUCAGUUCAGUGAAGAGAACAUGAUGGAUCCCUACAACCUGGCCAUCUGCUUUGGGCCCACGCUGAUGUCUGUGCCCGAGGGCCACGACCAGGUCUCCUGCCAGGCUCACGUCAAUGAACUGAUCAAAACCAUCAUCAUCCAACAUGAGAACAUCUUCCCAGGGCCCAGGGAGCUGGAGGGCCCAGUCUACAGCAGAGGUGGAAACACAGAGGAUUACUGUGAAAGCCCCCAUGGAGAGAGAGCCCUGACAGAAGAUUCAGUGCAGGAUGUCACAGCUGAGCACCACACCAGUGAUGAUGAGUGUGAGCCCAUAGAGGCCAUAGCCAAGUUUGACUACGUGGGCAGGACGGCACGGGAGCUGUCCUUCAAGAAGGGAGCCUCUCUGCUGCUCUACCAGCGCGCCUCGGACGACUGGUGGGAGGGACGGCACAACGGCGUGGACGGCCUCAUCCCCCACCAGUACAUCGUGGUGCAGGACACUGAGGAUGGCAUGUCGGAAAGGUCCAGCCCCAAGUCGGAGAUAGAAAUAAAUUCUGAGCCACCGGAGGAGAAGGUGACAGCCAGAGCUGGUGCCAGCUGCCCGAGCGGGGGCCACGUCGCAGAUAUUUACCUUGCCAACAUCAACAAGCAAAGAAAGAAACCAGAGUCAGGCAGCAUCAGAAGAGCGUUCAGCCAAAGUGACGGCCACGGCCUAGGUAGUUCCCUGGCAGAACCAGCCUCCCCCGGGGCCAUAGCCGGUUCCAGGCCCUCAUCUCAGCCCAUAAUGAGCCAAAGCCUUCCCAAGGAGGUUCCAGACAAAUGCUCCAUCAGUGGCCACGGCAGCCUCAACUCCAUCAGCCGGCACUCGUCGCUCAAGAGCAGGAUGGAGAGCCCGCAGGUGCGCAAGGCGCUCGCCGCCGGCCGCUCCAAGAGCUUCAACAACCACCGGCCCAUGGACCCCGAGGUCAUCGCCCAGGACAUCGAAGCCACCAUGAACUCGGCCCUGAACGAGCUGCGGGAGCUGGAGAGGCAGAGCAGCGUCAAGCACGCGCCCGACGUCGUCCUGGACACCCUGGAGCCGCUGAAAACCUCGCCGGUGGUGGCCCCAACCUCGGAGCCCUCCAGCCCCCUGCACACCCAGCUCCUCAAGGACAACGAGCCCCCCUUCCAGCGCAGUGCCAGCACUGCUGGGGACAUCCCCUGCACCUUCAGGCCCGUCAAGUCUGUCAAGGUGGCCUCGCAGGUGAAGCCGCCGGCCACGCGGCCCAAGCCGGCCGUGUUCCCCAAAACCAGCGCCAGCACCCCCGGCGUGGCCUCCUCUGCAGCCCAGCAGCCCCCCGACAAGUCCUGUACUGUCUGAUGCACGCCCUGCUGCUCUCCGGGUACAAUCCUGCUGUUCCACACGGCAAAGACGUUAAAAUUGUUAUUUAAUGAAUGCUUGGAUUGAAAGGGAGAUGCUGGGAGCUCCUGGGCAGCCACAGCCUCGUCCCACGUGCCCAGGACAGCUCCUGCCAUGCUUGGGAAAUCCACAAUCCACUGUGAAGCUGAGCAGGAAAACACCAAGGGACGAGUUGGAUUUUGGUUUCCAUGCCUUGUUCAAGUGUUCGGCCGCUGGAAGGAACAUAUGGUGGUGUCCUGUUUUGGGAUACUGGUGUAGUGACUUCUGUAUUCUGUGUUUCAUUUACCACAGGGAAACAAUAGGAUAGAUUUUAGUCUAUUGCAUGUUUUGGUGCCACUGGUUACGUGGAGCUUGGACAUGCCUGUUUCUUGUGCAUUAUUAUUAUUAUAAUUAUUAUUAUUAUUAUUAUUAUUCCGUCGCCCGCUGGUGCCACGGUGGUUAAGGGUCUGUCUCGACUUCCAUCACAUCCUCUGGUUUUGUUUGUUUGCUCCCCAUUCCUCCCCCUCAGGGCCAAAACCUUUGGCCAUUCCAGCCUCAUGCUUUAUUUGUCAUGGAAAAAUCAGUUUACUCUGGAACACUCGUAGAUUUUGUGGAGUUCUACGUAAGACGUGUCUGUGCAAAUAUAAACAAACAUGUUUUCCUGAGCUCUGGGAGCACGAGAAAGAGCCCAGUCAUUGCUUAUGGGCAAUCCUCACUGGUUUCCCCCUUGGCUCUCCCAUAUUUAAAAGCAGCUUUAUUGUUUCCAGUGGCAUUUUCAGCCCGUGGGCUCUGAUGUGGUGUUUGCUCUCGGGGACUGAAUGUAAAACAAAACAAAACAAAAAAAAAGAGAUAAUUUUGAAAACAAGCAUCCUCUGCUGGGAGCCCACGCCCAAGACACACUCUGCUGGUUUGCCUGCUCCUCAGGACAGAUCCUGACCCCCAUCCCAGCGCCAAGCACUGUAAAAACUUCGCUCAGGAGUUCUCAGCUCCCUGCCUUGUCCCUCUCUGCUCUCAUAGAGCAGUGCAGGGAACGCUGCUGGGGACAGGGAUGUGACAGCAGUGGCUGCCCCCGUGCCCCCUGCUCCGUGCAGGGCUGACCUGUGAAUGAAUCCUUUGCUGUGGUUCGUAUUUAUCCACAGCCAGCAGCAUCCACGGACUCUUUUUGUACUCCCCUGGGAAUUCUCCACGGUGCCCACAGUUAUUUAAUUUAAUAAUUAAAAGGCUUGUGCCACUUAGCAGUGGAGAUUGGCUGACCCUGAGCUCGCCUGGUUCCUCAGCUUUUCUGGGAUUUCAAACAGGCUGCACAUCUUCAGGCUUCCAAAAUAAUGGAUUCAGGACAAGAGGAGAAAAGUCAUUUUUCUCACCCAUUUAAGCUGAGUUUCCUCGCAGUUUGUGAGAUCCUGGUGACUGCAAAUCUGUUUAAUUGGCACUUAAACAAGAAGAAGCAAAGAAGAGUUGCUGAAAUGUCCUUUUCUGAUGCAUCCAGGAUGAUACUUGGAAAAAUGGAGCAGGGUCUUCCUGCAUCCCUGUCCAUCCCCACACGCACAACCCCCCUUUCUACAGAAGCAAUCAACCUGUAAUUAAUGACUUUCCAAAAAGCCAGCUUCCUCUGGGCCCUGAACUGAGGGCGUGCAGGAGCUGGGAAGGUUUUGGUGAGAACUCUCCUCAUUUCCCAUUUCUCCUGAGCUGUCCUGGGGGAGCCCCACGGUACGAGUGUGACUGGCCCUGCCCCUCCAGGAGAUGCCACCAGUGCCACCUUUGCUCUCAGGUUCUGAUGGACUUCUACCACCAAGGAAUCACUUGUUCUUUUUUGGGGAAAAAUAAAUAAAUAAAUAAAUAGAAUAAUUAAACUUGUAAUUUUUUGCUCAGGCAGAACUUUCUGGCAUUUCCUUUUUAGCAACAAUUUUUGGGUUUUUUGAUUUUUUUUUUUUUUAAUUUUGGUCUCAAAUGACCAAAGUUUAUCUGUGUCAAGAGCAGGAUCUCUGUAAAUUGACUUUGCCUCAUUUUAAUGCCUUAUUUUCUUUUUUAUAUUUUUUAUGCCUAGCAUUCAAUAUUCCUAAGAAUAAGUGUUCAGCCACGCACAGCACAUUGGAGGAGCUGCUCUUUUCCAGCUUCAAGGUCUGAAGUGUGGAAUUAGAUGGAAAAAAAAAAUAAAUUAAAAAAAAAAAAAA